CUGCCACAAGAACAGGCAGCUCUGCCAGUGAUGUAACUACUGAACACUCCGGUGGACCGGAUUGAACAAAUGAGGGGGAGUGAGAAGCCAUGGAGAAAGUGUUUAAAGUCCUCAGGGUGAAGAACCAGCUUUUUAAGGAAUGUCUUGCUGAACUUUUGGGUGAUUAUGUGCUGAUAAUUUUUGGCUGUGGAGCAGUGGCUCAGGUUACCACAAGCUAUGAUACAAAGGGGCAGUUUCUUUCCAUCAACCUGGCAUUUGCUAUUGGCAUCACUUUUGGUGUUCACAUCGCUCAUGGAAUUUCAGGUGCCCAUUUGAAUCCUGCAGUCUCUCUUGCUUUUUGUUUACUUGGUCGCUUCCAAUGGAGCAAGCUUCCUUUCUACGUGCUAUCUCAGAUUAUUGGUGCAUACCUGGGAGCUGCCACUGUGUUUGCACAGUAUUAUGACGCUAUCAUGAGUUAUGGUGGUGGCAAUCUGACUGUCACCGGCCCUACAGCAACAGCCUAUAUCUUUGCAACAUACCCUGCAGCAUACCUGACAACAGCAAAUGGAUUUGUAGACCAGGUGGUUGGCACUGCUGCUCUGCUUCUCUGUCUUAUGGCUCUUGUUGACACUCGUAAUUCACCUGCUCCAAAGGGACUGGAACCUGCAUUAGUGGGAAUGAUUGUUCUCGUAAUUGGAAUUGCAAUGGGAUCCAAUUGUGGUUAUGCUAUCAAUCCAGCCCGUGACCUGGGACCACGGCUGUUCACAUAUACAGCUGGCUGGGGUUUGGAUGUUUUCACGGCAGGAAAUUAUUGGUGUUGGGUGCCUCUGGUUGCUCCUUUGGUUGGUGCAAUUUUGGGAUGUAUCAUUUAUCUGCUCUUCAUUGAAAUUCACCAUUCAAGAGAAGAGGAUGAAAAACAGACAAACGAGAGGGGCAAAACUGAAUAUGACAUUGAUCUGGAUGAAUGGAAGCCCAACAAAAGGAAUCUAACAACACUUACAGCAUCUGACAAAGUACACAUCAUCAACAACUCCUUUCAGGAAGGACAGUCAGAAAACUCUGAUUGGAAGAACUCAUCUUGUAAUGAAGAAUGUAUUGUCAAUAGGUUUUAAAAGAGACCCAGAA